CCCUCCAGCGGGCUGCCGCGCUCGGCGGCGGCGCGGCCGGCAUGGCGUCUCCCUUCAGCGGGGUGCUGCAGCUGACGGACCUGGACGAUUUCAUCGGGCCCUCCCAGGAAUGUAUCAAACCUGUAAAAGUGGAAAAAAAGCCUGGAAAAGCAGCAGCUAAGAUCAGAAUUGAAGCAGAUGGAAGCUAUUUCCAGAUCAAUCAGGACGGAGGAGCACAAAAACUGGAAAAGGCUAAAAUUACUCUGAACGACUGUUUAGCUUGUAGUGGCUGCAUUACAUCAGCAGAGAGUGUUUUAAUCACUCAACAGAGCCACGAAGAGCUCUGCAAAAUGCUAACUUUUAACAAGACUGCCACUCCCAAUGAACAGAAAUUGGUGGUGGUUUCUGUUUCACCACAAUCCAGAGCUUCACUAGCUGCAAGAUGUAAAAUGGAUGUUCUGGAAACAGCAAAGAAGUUGACUGCAUUCUUAAAGAGUUUAGGUGUGCACUAUGUUUUUGAUACAACUUUCUCAAGAAACUUCAGCCUACUGGAGAGCCAACAAGAGUUUGUAAAACGCUUUCGAAAGCAAUCUGAAGACAAAAAGGCUUUGCCAAUGCUAGCUUCUGCCUGUCCAGGUUGGAUCUGCUAUGCAGAGAAAACCCAUGGCAGUUUCAUAAUUCCUUAUAUCAGUACCACCAAGUCUCCACAGCAGGUCAUGGGGUCCUUGAUUAAGGGCCAUUUUGCAGAACAGCAGCACUUAACACCUGACCAGAUAUACCACGUAACAGUGAUGCCCUGUUAUGACAAAAAGCUAGAGGCUUCAAGGCCGGACUUUUUCAACGAACAGUACCAAACUCGUGAUGUGGACUGUGUAAUCACCACAGGAGAAGUGCUAAAGCUGUUGGAACAAGAAGGAGUAUCUCUAUCAGAUGUAGAUCCUGCUCCGUUGGAUAACAUGUUUAGUAGUGCUGCAGAAGAGGAGCUCACUAGCCACUCAGGAGGUGGUUCUGGUGGUUAUUUGGAGCACAUAUACAAGCAUGCAGCCAAAGAGCUCUUUGGAAUUCAAGUGGAUACAAUUCAGUACAAACCUUUAAAAAACAAGGACUUCCAGGAGGUGACACUGGAGAAGGAUGGAGUAGUCCUGCUCCAGUUUGCUUUGGCAUAUGGGUUUCGAAACAUACAGAACUUAGUGCAAAAGCUGAAACGAGGGAAAUCGCCCUAUCACUAUGUUGAAGUCAUGGCCUGCCCAUCAGGCUGUUUAAAUGGAGGUGGUCAGAUCAAGCUAGAUGGUGAAUCCAGCAAGGACCAGCUUCAGCAAGUUGAGAGGUUGUAUGAGUCUCUUAAGACUGAAAUUCCAGAGAAGAACCGGACUGUAAAUGAACUGUAUGAGCAGUGGCUGGGUGGCGUGGAGUCAGAAAAGGCUGCAAAAACUUUGCAUACAGAGUACCACGCAGUGGAGAAAACAAGCACUGGAUUUAAUAUCAAAUGGUGAAGAUUGACACUGUGAAGCCCAGAUACAGAUACUCAGUGCCUUUUUAACUCAAUUGUAUUUAAGGUUCUCAAAAGACAGCUAAAGUUCUGUGCCAUCAUGGGAAGUUGGCAAUUUCUGACUCCCGUUAGGGAUGAGAAGGUAAUGUGCAUAUAAGCAGACAAUAUUAAUUCCUACAGCUUUAUAAUUAUUGAAGUGAUGUAAGUAAAAACCAAAUGCUGACUUAAAACAUGUCAAAAGAAGCAGUAAUGCAUCCUAGCCUCCACACAGUCUUUAAGGACUAAAUUGCGCUCCCUUUGCAACCCUGUUCCUACAAGAACUGAUGAAAUCAAGGUACUGAAGGAUUUGGCUUGCAGUAGACUGUAGCCUCUCUGAGAUAAGCUUUAUGCUACAUGACAGUAUUACUCAUCCAGGCCUUGCUGUAUUUUCACAGCGCUAAGUUUUAUGGCUGUCUCUGUCGGGACAUCCUCAUUUAGUUAUAAAUGGUCUAAUUAGACCUUGGUUCUGUUUUUCCAUUCCACUGCCCUUGAGCUCCAGCUGCAGUAUCUGCCCUGUCAGAGGGGGUGGGUGCUAGCAGCCUGGGAUCAUGUGAGAAGCAUCAUCUCUAGGGCUAUUUUAUUGCCUGCUGAAAUGUGACUUGAAUGAAUGAUUAAGAAAAAAAAGCUAGAGUGAUUUUUUUUUUUCUUUAAUUAUAACAAUUGUCUAUAACUGUGGGCAAUUACAUCUCUCUUUCUCUCCCUAAAUACACAGUAGGGAGUGUCAUAGAAUUGUCACAUCUACCCCAUCCUCAACAGCCAAUUACUGAUGGAUAAUAUCCUUAAAUUCAGAUAAAACAAUUUUUUACAGUGUUUCAAGUAAGAAUUUAUUGCUAGCUUUCUUUCCAACGAAGGACAAAGUCCUUGGUGUCUCUGAAAGGUGUUACUUUACAAAAGUUAAUAGAAGAAGGCUGUGAGAUGUAAUCAUUACAAGCAGUUUAUCAGAACAAUCCAAGAGGUUAGUAAAAACACAUCUGGUUUAAUGCAGUGUAUUACAAUGCCUUGCCAGAAGACAGAUGGAUGUGAAACAGAUUUGGUCUUGUUACUGGAGAUGACGUGUGCCCGUCUUGCUAUCUGUAAUUUUACAUACAGGUAUUUGCAGAACUAUUCACAGAAAAACAACUGAAUGAAUAACUCUGUUUUGGUCUCUUUAAUCUGAAUAUCGGUUUUCCUGGAGUUACAAUGCAUAUGGGGAGGCAAAGGCAGUAGUGGGAGGAUGUGCAGCUGUACCUGAACUCAAGAGGAAGGGACACUGGCAGAUGGGGAAUCUCUUCUUGUGACCGCUGUAGCUGCAAGUAAAUACGAACUUAAGAAUCGCAUUAUUGAAUCACUUCAAUAUUUCUCCUUUUUCCAGUUACUGCUAUGUAAGGAAGAAAGGACAGUGCAGAAAGUAGAGUUAAGUGGACGAAAACUAAAAACAAAGCUGCCACAUUGCUUUGUUCCUUCAGAGUCAGUACAAACAGGUGGAGCUGGUUACUGCAUCUAGCCCAGAUUGAAACCUUGCCCAGACCCUCGUCAAAGAUAACCCUCACCCAGUUACUGCUGACCUUGAGCUUAGGGCUGUCAAAAAGCAAAGCUGCCAGACCUUGACCUGCCUCUUGUAACGGCUUCUCUGGCAGUACUUGCCUGUGUCCUUCUCAAAGCCUCUUCCAGUCUUCGUUAAAAGUAAGCCAACAGUGUAAAAGAUGGGUUUUUUUAAUGUUUUUAAUUAAAAGCUUUACAUUUUUCAGGUGUUGCGGAUCAAUUAGUGAAUUCACAGUGUUCAUAAGGCAAGAAUCUCCCACUGCUUCCCCCUCCCCACCCUAUUCAUUUUACAAGCAAGUUGGCAGUUUCAGGGAAUGCCCUUUUCCAUGCAUAGAUUUAUAACACACAGUGUUAUGCUAAACCAUAAAAUUUUUAUCUACAGCAAGAGAUACCACUGCUAAUGUAAAGUCAGUCCAAUACGCUGAAGUGCUGAGACCAUAAACUCUGUACAUCAGUGCAAAAGAAACACAUUCUGUUUCUGUUGAGAACAUGCACGUCAGGCCAGAAGUGCACAAAUAAAUAAAGCUAAAUUAGCUGUAGAUUAAACAAUUGCGGGGGGGGGGGGGGCCCCCUUUUUUUCUCUUCCCCAGUUACCAGGUUACCAACAUGCACACCGCUAAAGCCAUCAGAGGAGUCUGCGCCCAGAACAUACUGAGACCUCACCUGCUACAGACGCUCCCAGGUUUCUGUUCUCGCCAUGGUAUUGAGAACAGCUUGAAUUUCUCCCAGCCUGCAUGCUGCUGCAUGUUCGCAUGAGUGAACUCGGCUCUAGUUCUGGAACCCUCCCCGAACACACACAGGUGCAUCUCUGCUCCCAGUAUAAAUACACUGCCAGAGGAACACCCAGGUAACAUCUAUGAACUGUACCAUCACAUUUAAACGGAGUAAUUUUGAGGCGACAGUACCGAGGCAACUUGUGCAGCAGGAUUAAUUCUUCCCCUCCUGUGGGAGGGAGUAAAUUCUAACACUAUAACUUAACAAAAGGAAAAAAGAAAACCUUAGUCUAGUUUCUAGCAAGGAAUAAACAGCCACAAACCAGGCUUCAGUGGUAACAGAUGCAGUUCACAGUCCACAUGUGAAAGAUCCUGAAGUCAACUCUCUUCCAGUGUUAGGAGCUAUAAAAUUUAUAGUCAGCGCUCUUUAAAAAUGACAACAUACGGUAAAGGAUUACAGGACCCGCUCCUCUGCGUUUUCAUUUGAACUACGCAGAACGGCUGUAAACUCAGCAGCACCGAGACAGUCGCAUGCGCUCUGCGUGUUGAGGUAAAGAAGAAACCAGAGAUGUGUGCGACUGUCCCGCACGGAGUGACUCGCCCAAGCCCAGACCCUUCAGAGGGUUUUUCACGGCUACUUACAGAGCUACCAUCAAGCCCUACUUUUUCCCCAAAAAAAGAAAACUACUUUGCUGGUUGGUAAUGCACCUCCCCACCACUUGCAAAUAAAAGCUUUGCACAUUUCUGACUUAAAUAAAAUAAAAUACAGUACUAAUUUUGCACAAACUGAAGGGUGGAGGCUGCAAGCUGAAGAGGCUUAAGAGACCCAGCUGCUCCCUACCUCUUGUUCUAAAGACAAGGCAACGUAAAUAUAAGUUUCAGCCAAGUGUUCUCCAAUUUUUUAUCUUGGGGGG